GCAUAAUCUGGAAUUAUUUGAAUCGUUUCUUGAAACAGUCAAGGAUGAUUAUAAAAAUGGUGGCCCUCAACUUCGGGCUUCUCUUGAGAAAUUAGCUGAAAGGUAUAAUCCUGAUAAUGAUCCGCUUGUACGUGUAAAGAGUGGUGCAAAAAUUCGUGUCCAAGUGGAGUCAAUAAAACAUAGAAAAAAUGAGCCAG